AUGUCCUUUCCCGCCCACGAUCUAUCGACUCCGUUCAACUUUGCAAAAGAAGAGGAAAAUGUGUUGAAGUUUUGGAAGGAGAUCGAUGCGUUCCAGACAAGCUUGAAGCUGUCUGAGGGCAGACCUGAAUACACUUUCUACGACGGCCCUCCUUUCGCGACUGGUCUGCCGCACUAUGGCCAUCUACUCGCUGGAACCAUCAAGGACAUAGUUACGCGCCAUGCACAUGUAUCAGGGCACCACGUCGUCCGCCGAUUUGGGUGGGACACGCACGGGCUCCCUGUUGAGCACGAAAUUGACAAGAAGCUCGGGAUUACCUCGCGCGAGGACGUCAUGAAGAUGGGCGUCGCCGCGUACAACGCAGAGUGCCGCGCCAUCGUCAUGCGGUACGCGGGCGAGUGGAGAAAUACUGUCGAGCGCAUGGGCCGAUGGAUUGACUUUGACAACGACUACAAGACGCUCAAUCUCAGUUUCAUGGAGAGCGUGUGGUGGGCGUUCAAGCAGCUGUAUGACAAGGGGCUUGUGUACAGGGGGCUUAGGGUUAUGCCUUACUCAACUGGCCUACUAACGCCGUUGUCAAACUUUGAGGCCGGCCAGGACUACCGCGAUGUCAGCGAUCCAGCAGUCACCGUGGCUUUUCCCUUGGUUGACGAUCCAAAAACCUCAUUGCUUGCUUGGACGACUACGCCUUGGACGUUGCCGUCGAACUUGGCGCUUUGCGUUCAUCCUGAGUACACGUACAUCAAAAUUCACGAUGAGGCACGCGGCGAGAAUUUUAUUCUGCACGAAAAACUUCUCCGCACACUCUACAAAGAUCCGAAGAAGGCCAAAUACAAGAAGCUCGGACAGUUCCAAGGCGCAGACAUGAAGGGCUGGAGAUAUGUACCGCUAUUUGAGUACUUCACAGAUCAGUUUGAGGAUAAGGCAUUUAGGGUACUCGUCGAUACUUAUGUCACAGAUGAGAGCGGUACCGGUAUCGUGCACCAAGCACCUGCAUUCGGAGAUGACGAUCAUCGCAUUGCCAUCGCACACGGGGUCCUGCGCCCCGACGAGAUGCCGCCUUGCCCCAUUGAUGACGCGGGCAAAUUCACGAGCGAAGUACCGGAGUUUGCUGGCCAACAUGUCAAGGCCGCAGACAAGGACAUUCAAAAGGUACUAAAGGCCAAGGGUCGGCUGAUCGUGCAGUCGACGACUCAGCAUUCGUAUCCCUUCUGCUGGAGAUCAGGAACACCCCUCAUCUAUCGGGCCAUUCCUGUCUGGUUUGUCCGCGUACAACCUAUCAUCGAUCAACUCGUCGAUAACAACGCAAAAACGAGAUGGGUCCCCCAAAGUGUCGGAGACGGGCGGUUCGGUAACUGGCUUGCCAAUGCCCGCGACUGGAAUAUCUCGCGGAACAGAUACUGGGGAACGCCGAUUCCGCUCUGGGUCUCCGACGACAUGGAGGAGAUCGUCCCCGUCGGCUCGGUUGAGGAACUCGAGAAGCUCUCCGGAGCUACGGGUAUCACGGACUUGCACUCGGACAAGAUUAACCAUAUCACUAUACCCUCGCAAAAGGGUAAGGGCCAACUGAAGCGGAUCGAGGAAGUUUUUGAUUGUUGGUUUGAGUCUGGCAGCAUGCCAUAUGCGCAAUUACACUAUCCAUUCGAGAACAAGGAGCUUUUCGAGAAGUCAUUCCCUGCCGACUUCGUCUCGGAAGGCAUCGACCAGACUCGAGGGUGGUUCUACACUCUGCUUGUCCUCUCAACGCAUCUGUUCGGGUCGGCACCGUGGAAGAACUUGAUUGUGACUGGCCUGGUCCUGGCUGAAGAUGGCAAGAAAAUGAGCAAGAGUCUACGGAAUUAUCCCGACCCUAACCUGAUCAUCAAUAUGUAUGGUGCCGACGCGACAAGAAUGUUCCUUGUCAAUUCGCCUAUCGUUCGUGGUGACAACCUCCGUUUCCGCGAGGCAGGCGUGCGCGAGGUCGUCUCACGAGUGCUUUUACCGUGGCUCAACUCAUUUCGCUUCUUCCUCGGCCAAGUCGCCCUGCUCAAAAAGACGACUGGCCACAAUUUCCGCUACGACGCGCAUGCGCCUGUCUCAAACAACGUCAUGGAUCGUUGGAUCCUUGCACGGUGUCAAUCACUCAUCACGCUCGUCAAGGAGGAGAUGGAGGCUUACCGCUUGUACACCAUCAUCCCCCGGCUGCUUGAGCUCGUCGACGAGUUGACGAACUGGUAUAUCCGCUUCAAUCGCAGGCGGUUGAAGGGCGAGGACGGGAAGGAGGACACCAUUGCGGCGCUGAACACGCUAUUCGAGACACUGUUCACACUGUGCAGGACCAUGUCGUCAUACACACCUUUCUUAACUGAGAACAUCUAUCAGACUCUCCGAACGUUCAUCCCGGAGGACCCUAAAGCGGGUGACACGCGUUCCAUUCACUUCUUGCUCUUCCCCGAAGUCAAGGCAGAGUAUUUCGAUCCCGUCAUUGAGCGUCAAGUCAAGCGGAUGCAGACCAUAAUCGAGCUUGUACGAAAUCUUCGCGAACGCCAUAGCAUCUCUCUCAAGACCCCGCUCAAGGAACUCCUUGUAUUCCACGCGGACAAAGAAUACUUGGACGACGUCAGGUCAUUACAGAGAUAUAUACAGUCGGAGCUCAACGUGCGCGACAUCGUUCUCACCUCGGAUGAGUCCACAUCCGGUGUACGAUAUCGUGCCGUCGCAGACUGGAGCAUUCUCGGCCGAAAAUUGCGGAAAAACCUGGCUAUCGUGAAGAACGCGCUCGAGCAUGUGACCAGCGAUGAGGUGAAGACGUACGUGGCGACAGGGAAGAUCACAAUCGCGAAUAUCGAGCUCGUCGAGGGCGAUUUGACUGUGCAACGAUACAUCGAACUUCCCGCGGGAGCUGAGGCGCAGUUUGCGACGCACACUGACAGCGAUGCGGUCGUGCGGCUCGAUAUCCAGGUGCAUCCGGAACUGGCGGGCGAGUGGCUCGCUCGUGAGCUGAUCAACCGGGUGCAAAAGCUGCGGAAGAAGGCAGGGCUUCAGGCGACGGAUGAUGUGGACGUGUUUUAUGCGCUCGAGGAGGGUGCAGGAGAGGAUCUGAAGGACGCGAUCAAACAGCACGCGGAAGUCAUUCGGAAGACAGUGAGAUCUGUGCCUGAAGAUGUGGCGAAGCGGAGCAAGGUCGCUGAGCUGUUGAUCGAGGAGGAGCAGGAGAUCGCAGAAGUGAAAUUCAUGCUGUCGUUGGUGCGGUCGUGA